CGAAAACAAACGGGAGAUAUCCAUCAAGAAGAUAUGGUGUGAGGCCGUGAGGCCAUCGUCUUUCGCUUACAGAAGAGAAUGAGCGUCAUCAGAAGCUUUUCGUCAUCCCCCGCCUCUGAACAGCAAGCACAGCAGGCAGGUGCUACCCGGUCCAUCUCGUCGCCGUCGGCCAGCGGCUCCCAGCCCCAGGAGCAGCGGUGGUGGCAGCGGGUGCUCUUCGGCUGCUCGUCCGUCACACUCCCUCACGACCGCUUCGAGGAGGCUGCCGUCAUCACCAGAGUCACGCCAGCCAUUGAGAGCAUCUUGGACCAACAGGUUGAUGAGGAUUGGGAAAUUGUCGACUUGGCCGUCCCCGCCGCAGCUGCUGUGGCAGAUGACGGCAUCAUCACCCGAGAUGGCGGUGUGGCCGGGUUUGGUGAGGUGGAGAGCAGCCACAGCACGACGCCCGUGAGGCGCGAGAAGAGCGGCAGGAAGGAGGGGACAUCGAGUGCGGACGAGGAGGGGGCGACGCUGCUGCUGCCUGCGAUAGUGAUGACGAGUGGGGACGGGGAGGAGUGUCCCAUAUGCGGUGAGGAGAGGGGUGAGUUGGUGUGGUUCGGCUGCUGCGAGAGGGUCAGUGGAGAUGUGGCCUAUCGGGCGUGCCACGAGUGUUUGGAGAGGCACAUCGAGGUGCAGCUCAAGGUGAGCAUCUCGUCAUGGGCAGACGGACAGACAGACAGACAGACAGACAAACGGACAGGCGCCCGUGUGUUCUGGUGUGUGUUAGGAUCUGUUCUUCCUUCCCAAGCUGAAGUGCAUCUGCGGUCAGUCCAACGGUCUGUCUUUCCUCGCCGUCAAGCCUUACAUAUCCAAGGACCUCCAGGCGCGCAUCCACGAGCUGGCACGACGCGCACUGACUUUCAGGUACGCCCUAGUGCGCGUGGGCUGACGAGACCGUUUCUCAUCAUGUGUCGUGUGUUGGUGUGUGUGCUGUCAGGUGUGCGUGUGACGAGACUGACAGUUUGUAUCAUGAGAGCGGCGGCAACACCGAUCGCAGGAGGGAGGUCAUGAGGAAGUGAGUCAAGAAGAUGAUUGUGUGUCUUCCGCCGUCACAGCCACGUGUGCACAUGUGUGUCUGUGCAUCACACAGGGUCGGCCGUGCGGUGCGAGCUCUGGGUGAGGGGGAGAGCAACAAACUCAAACAGGCAGCGUGGAAAUACCAGGUCACCACACCACAGCACACGCGCCUCACCAGCCACCGAAUACUCAUACACAUGCUCUCCCUUUUCCCACACCUGACUGCAGGCGUAUGCGACUGGUGCGCGUGAGUGUCUGAAUGAGGUGAUCGGGCUGUACGAGUCGGCGGAUGUGGCCGAUGAAGGGUCUGAGGGCGCCAAGAGGCUAAUCGAGGCCAUCGAGGAACCUGAGAGGAAGUGAGCAGACAGACAAUCAAACACACAGAUGUAUGUGUAUCUGCGUGUGGAUGCGUGGGCGGUCAUCAGGGUGUCGCUGCAUCUGCGCUUCUUGGCCACGUGGCCAAGAUUCGAGACGGAGUGCUGCGAGGACGUCAGUGGCCUAUAGCAAACGAGAGAAACACACCAUCAUGACGGUCAUCUAUAUGUAUUUUUUGUGUGUGUGCUCAUGCAGAUAUUCUGUUGGAGGUGUCAGAUGGCCCACGGGGACACCGAUGAGUGCGAUGCCAUGUACGAUGAGGACAACUUCCAACGGCUCUUUCAACAGGUCAGUUUUGACACUAUCAACAUCCACACACACACACACACACAUACACAAAGCGUACGCUCUGUCUGCAGGAAAUGUCUAUCGAGCCGAAGCACUGCCCAGAGUGCGGCAUCGCCGUCCUGCGGUCAGAGGGAUGCAACCAGGUGUGCAGUCACAUUUCUCGUCUGUCGCGCACACCCACAUCUGCAUCUCUGUGUGUGAUGGUGUGCAGAUGACGUGCGUGUGCGGCGCGUCGUUCUGCUACGUGUGUCUCACCACGAAGGGCGACUGCCACUGCGACUGACGACGGGGGCGUGAUUGUAUAGGCCUGCUUGUCUGUGGAGAUAUCUGUGUAUCGAUGUGUAUGUAUUAUUUGUGAACUUACUCUGCUGGGAUGAAUGGGUGCGGUCUUGACUGCUGGCCCGAGAGACUCACUCUGAGGUUGUUUUUCUUCUGGCUGUCGAUCGAUGCAUCAUGUCAUGUCUCUUCUGACGAUCUCAUUGCUUGUCGUCAUUCAUUCUUGCAUGGCGACAUGGCACGAAGGCGAGAGACGCAUAGACACAGACAGCCAAUCCUGUGCACUGUUUUCACCUAUCGCAAGCCAAUCGAUGAGCGCGUGAUGAGCUGUGACGUAUACAUACGUAUUUGUGCACACCUACACGUCAGUCAUGUCAUGUAUACCGUCCAUACACAUCUAUACACGUCUAUACGCAUCAACAACAGACACGAUUUGCUGUCUGCCUGUCUGUCUCUAUGCAUGUGUGGGUGUGGGUGUGGGUGUGGGUGUUUUUGUAAUCAAGCAAAGAUGUGUCUCCUCCCUCCCCAUUUGCUGUUUGGGUGUCCGGAGGUGCAGAGAACCUGCCCACCUGCCUGUCCGCCUCACUGUCUGUCUGUCUGUCUGUGUGUCUGUGUGUCUGUCUGUCUGUCUGUCUGUGUCUCCAUUCAUCUGGAUCUGCGUGUGUGUGCAUUCAUCUGCCUAUGUGUAUAAUCAUCAUGAUGUGUUUGUGUAUCAUAUGAUGCGAUUCACUCAUUUCACGUUCGUGUGUUUGCAUGAUGACAGGGUGUAUGCUGAAAUCUCUAUUUACACACAUAAUUCCGACAGACUCUUCACUUGCAUGGGUGUGUGUGCAUGUACUUGUGGCUGCUGUAUCAAUUGAUUGAAAUUGCGUUUCCG